CGCUCGUGGUCCGUCUGCGAACUCUACGCAUUCGUAUUCUCGGUCAUCAAGUCCGGGACCAGGAUUUGACAAUAGCCCGACAAUGCCCAUGAAUUCCCACUCAGUAUCAAACCCGUAUGUAGCGGAGGCACGAGCUCGUGUGCGUGAUCGUGCUCGGGGGAUAACCAAGGGCGGUUCGUACGGACCCGAACAGACCAAUAACGACGGUUAUGUUGCUCAAUACGAACCUGCUGCUGCAUACAGCAUCGGCCACGGAAACGAUAAUGCAGGAUUGGGUAAUGGCACGCAACGCAAUGAUUCAUGGGGAGGUCAAUACGCUCCGUGAGCAUGUAGUGGAUUGAAUGGACGACAAACUCGGGACUUUCUCUUCCGUUCCUUCCAUCUUUGCGCCCCCACAUAAUUAUGUCCUUUGUGUUCUUUUAUUUAAGAAUUCCUUUCUUUCAUUACUUUACCUUGGGACGCUCGUUUUUUCUUACCUUCGUCGUUCGUUAAUAAUUGUUGCCUUUAUCCUUCCUUCCUGUUCAUUCCUGUUCCGUCGUGGACCUUGACUUUCAAGCAGUUUAAAUGUCUACGAAUUA